CAGAUUUGGAACUAAUAGCUGUGCAUAUAUCUUAUAAUAUAUUACAGGUAAACCAUACAAGCCUGGGGCUUUCUUCAGAGGAGAAGAUUUUAUAGCAUGUUCCACUUCUUGUUGAGAAAUGGGCACUUUAUUUGAUCAGAGUUAAAUGAGGUUACUCCUACUAACUUCUGCGCUGCAAGAUGUUUGGAGACCUAUUUGAGGAAGAUGAAGACUUUUCAAUCCUUCCAAGCAGUCCAAACACGAAUGGCAAGAAAUCCCACCCCAGAGAUUCAAAGACCCCAGAGCCACAAGGAGACACAAGGCUUAGUGGACUGAGGAAUCAAGGUGGCACCUGUUACCUGAAUUCUCUUCUGCGGACCCUGUUUUUUACACCAGAAUUCAGAGGUUCGGCAAGGAGUGCACUGAAAAAAGCAGAAUCUUGGCCGAAUACCAAACUGAAUCCUGGAUUCGAAGCCCUUUUUGCUUUGGGUCCUAAAGAACUUGGAUCACUGGAGGAGAAAGACACGCCAGAGUCUCAGGUGCGAAUUAUUCCCCUGCAGUUACAGCGUCUCUUCGCUCAACUUCUGCUGCUGGAUCAGCAGGCCUUGUCAACCACAGAUCUCACAGAGAGCUUUGGGUGGAACAGUAGUGAGGAGACAAGCCAGCAUGAUGUGCAGGAGUUAAACCGCAUUUUGUUCAGUGCUCAUUGGAGGGCACAUCUGGCCAUGACCUCAUCAAGCGAUUGUACCAUGGCACCAUUGUUAACUGCAUCCAGUGCAAGGAGUGUGGCUACAUCAGUGAAAGGCAGGAGGAUUUCCUUGACUUGACGGUGGCAGUGAAGGGCGUGGGCAGUCUGGCGAAUUCUCUGUGUAGCAUGUAUUUGGAAGAGGAACACUUUGAUGGAGAUAAUUGGUACAGAUGUGGGAGCUGUGCCAAGUGUGUUUUUUUUUGUUUUGUUUACCUUAGUCUGCCAAGUUGGGGAAACUGCCACCCUUUCUCACACUAUCUCUGCUGAGGUUUAACUUUGACUUUGUAGUCAAGUGUGAGCGUUAUAAGGAAACUUCUCGAUACACCUUUCCCACCCGCCUCAUCAUCCGGCCCUUUUGUGAGCAGGUUUGAGUGUUUUUAUCUUUGAGGUUGUUUGGUGUGGGGUAGAUGUGGUAUUCCAGGGAUUUGAACUUCCUGCCUUAAAGGUCUGUUUGUGCAUGAUACACAUCUCUUUGUUUUAUUGCCCAGGUU